AUGAUUGCUCUUUAUGAAUGGAACAAAGCCUCGAUAGGUAAAUUGCUUUGGGACUUGAAUGCUAAGAAAGAUAGAAUGUGGAUAACAUGGAUUCACCAUUUUUAUAUGAAAGGUACGAAUUGUAUUGAUUAUAUCCCUCCUACCCAUGCCUCUUGGAUUGUGAAAGCGAUAUUUAAACACAAGGAGGAAUUGAUGAACUCGACGGUUUGGGAUGUAUUCCGGAGUAGGGGCGGUUAUUGUACAAGAGAUAUGUACAAGUUGCUUAGGGGGGUGAGACCCAAAGUUAGGUGGAAAAAGGUUAUCCUGGGUAAUUGUGCUCGUCCUAGGGACACUUUCAUCACUUGGAUAGAAUUCCUAGGUAGACUGCCUACUAAGGAUAGGUUGCGCAGAUUUGGUAUCCAAAAUGAUGGUUUGUGCGUGUUUUGCGGAACGAAUGAGGAUAUUCAACAUGUCCUUUUUGAAUGUGACUUUGCGAUAAAUAUUUGGAACCAAGUUUUAGAUAGAGAUGAGAAGUACCGUUGGGCUACCAAUGGGGUGAUGGGGAUGGAUUGGAUCAUUAGCAAUACUAAAGGAAAAAGUAUGAAGUGUAGGAAAGCUAAAUUGAUUGUUGCGAAAACCAUUUAUAGUAUUUGGACUACCCAUAAUAUGAUUAUAUUUCAGAAUCAUACUAAAGAUUUUUUCCAAUUGGGGGAGUUAAAAGUUGUUGCUCCAUGGUGCAAGAAGCUUAUUGAAAAUGGACAUGGUGAUGUUUGGUAUGGCUAUCCUCCAGUAGUUUGUGAUGAAGGAGACGAUGACGACGAUGGUGGUUAUGAUUAUGCUCCAGCAGCAUAA